AUGGCAAUGAGAAUCCUCUUCCUCGGCCUGGCUGUCGCUGGUGCUGUGCAAGGCCGAGUGGCCGGCACCAAGACCAGCCUCGGAAGCCGAUCAAGCUCCGCCGUAUCCUCUGCCGAGUCGCCGACCGUGUACAUCGACACACUCUCAAGUACUAUCCAAGGCAACAGAUCGGAGUACAUCAACUCCGUCUACAACUUCAAGCGGGUUCCAUUCGCCUCGGCUCCAACGGGCGACUUGCGCUGGAAACACCCGGCGCACGUUUCUAGCUGGACCGGAAUUCGUGAUGCAACAUACUUCGGCCCGGAAUGCCCUCAGCCCGGCAUUGACAACUACAGUGAAGAUUGUCUUUUCCUUAAUAUCUGGACUCCUGAUACCGUCAACUUCACCAAUGUGAAGAACAAUACUGAAACCGGCAUUGGUUAUAUUCCGGCUAACUCAUCCGAGGCUAUGCCCGUGUAUGUCUUCUUCCACGGUGGACGGUUCGGUACUGGCUCUGCAAUCCAGCCCACUUUUGACGGCGCUGGACUUGCUGCCAAGGGUGUCGUUGUCGUGACUGUCAACUACCGUCUCGGCGCAUUGGGCUUCUUGUCGCACCCGGAGCUGAGCGCCACCUCUGGAAGUGGAAGCUCUGGUAACUACGGUCUGGUUGAUCAACAAGCCGCUUUGCAUUGGACAAAUGAGAACAUCGCCUCUUUCGGAGGUGAUUACAAACGAAUUACUAUCGGUGGACAGUCCACAGGCGCUGCCUCCGUGCUCGAUCAUCUCAACAGUGAGCUGGCCGACGAUCUAUUCGAGCAGGUCAUUGCCGAGAGUGGUGCCGUUUACCCUUCCAACCCCAUGAUUGGCAGCCUUGCCCAGAGCUACCGUCAAUUGGGCGAAGCAGAGAAGCAAGGUGUAUCCUACCUUUCCAGCCUCGGCCUCCAAAACAUCUCACAGGCCCGCAACGCUUCAGUUGAAUUGUUCCUGAACAGCGCCAACCUGAACGACGUCACCUUCCAGAACACCGUUUUUGCCAACAACUCGGCCUACAUCGAGCCUCCGCUCUUCCGACCCGUCCUGGACGGAUACGUUCUCCCUGCAACCUACGAGGAGAUGCUUAUCCGCGGAAACCACACCACCGCCCCCGUCCUCACUGGAGGUAACCUCGACGAAGCCGGCGCAACCCCCAGCCCCGGAUUUACCGUCGCAAGCUACAAGGCACAGAGCCAAUACGAGUUCGGCAGUGUCGGACUCGCAGAGGAAUACUUCAAGCUCUACCCUGCUGGCAGCACGAAUGAAAGCGCCGACGCUGCGAUCAACACAUUCUACCGGGAGCAGAACAAGGUCUCUCUUUGGCUUUGGGCAAGCGAGUACCUGGCUGGCUCUGCACGCAACACAUCUGGUAACGGGACCUACCAGACCUACAGCUACCAGUGGACACAUGCGCCCCCUGGACAGGACAAGGGUGCCUACCAUGGUAGUGAGCUGAACUACGCGCUUAACAACCUGUACGCUGUGGACUCGCCCUGGACGAGUGAGGAUUAUGAAAUUGCCGACAAGUUGUCCGACUACUGGGUCAACUUUAUCAGCACUGGAAAUCCCAAUGGGCAUGGUCUGCCUCACUGGCCUGAGGCUAGUGCUAAGAGUGCUGAGAUCAUGCAGGUUGGUGAUGCUUGGAAGUCGGUUAGCGUCGCCAGUGAAGAGAAGAUUGCCUUCCUGCGUCGCUGGUUUGCGAAGUGGCCUGUUUACUAG